CGCCCACCUGGUGCACCGCGGGCGUGGGGUCGCCGGCACGCGGGGCGCCCCUGAUGCCUCCCGAGGCCUAGAGAAGUCGCGCGGACCGCGCGGAGAGCACGGCAAGGGCGGGGAGGAGAAGUGGGGCUCAAGCAGGGGGCCCCGGCAGAGCGUACCCCAUGCCCGGGGGCCAGGGCAGCCUCUGGGUCCCUCCCCCGCCCGCAGGGACUGGGUGCGCGGCCGCUGUUUGCUCAAGGGGGCGGGCCGGAGAAGGCGUUUCUCUGCAGGGGAGCGGAUCCGGGUGGCCCCCGGGGCCCGCAGCGCCGUAGAGCCUUGCCCUUGCCCUUGCCAUGGCCGAGCGGCACAGGGGGCUGGGGGCGCGCCUGGCCCGCCGCUUGGCAAGGCUAAGGCUCUGGAGGGAGCGCCGGGGGAAGCGGACCCGGGAGGAGGCCAGAGCUCGGGAUAGGCCCUGGGGUGGCCAGAGCUGCCCUGACCUGGCCCAGGGCCUGGGCAGCACCAGCAAUGUCAGCCUCCAGGCCCAAUCCCGCAGCUGCUCGGAAUGGGACCUUCAGGCGGGGAGCCGUGGUUCCUGGCUUUGGAAGAGGCGACACAGCUCUGGGGAGUCCACUCAACCCCUGGGGCGCCUACAGAGGCCAGCGGUGGGCAGUGCUUCCGACCUGGCCAACUACGCCUCCGUGGGACGGGAGAGCCUGGCACUAGCGGCAGAGCCUGCUGGUGCCAGGUGCCCCUCAUGCCCGGUGCCAGCUCCUGGAUGUUCGGAGCAAGGAACCCCAGGUCGCACUGGCCUGCAACCCCCGUACACUGCCCCGGAGGUUCCUCUGAGGCCUGAGCCACCGGGCAACCUGGAAAACCUGCUGCCCCGCCCAGUGUCUUUCCCCGAGGCAGAAGGGGCAAAGGGCGAGCCUGUCACACCGGAGCCAGCCCUGUCAGAUCUAGCCCAAAUCCUACGCGAGUGUCCCUCUGCCAGGAAGACCCGCUACCACAUCACUAUCACCCUACAGGGGCACGGGCAGGCACCUGGGGAGGAGGCUGAGGAGCCUAAACCGGCCCGACCAGCUCUCCACCCCUGCGGCCCUGAGGAAUCCAGGGGCUGGCAGGAGCCUCCCCAGGGGCCCCGCCCCAUCACAGGGUGCCUGACAGACCUGCCCCGGGAGCCCCGGCGGAGAGCCCCACUGCACCAGGAGAUCACAGCCCAGUGGCAGGAGCUCCAGGGCCACUGGACGCCCGGGUCCCCACACGGACGGGAGCUGGACCAUACUGAGCCAAGGACAUCUCUGGACAGGUUGCUGGGGCCUGACAUGGAGGGGGCAGGUGGGCCCCCGGCUCAGGCUGAGGCCCCAGUGGUGAGCACCACACUGGCGUGGCGGCGGCCCCCUGCCCAGGAAGAGAUGAGACACCGUUUUCACAAGGUGUCCCUGGUGUCAGGGGCCCAGACAGAAGCCCCCCGGGAGGAGAUGUUGGAGUAUAGCCACAGUCGAGAGGAAGUCAAUGGCUUUGCAACCCGGGAAGAAUCGACUAUAAGUUACAAGGGACCCCGGGAUGGGGCCGGCUCCAAGAGCUUCCAGAGCCACGGGCCCAUCUUUUCCAAGAAGUACACGCUACUCCCCAAGGAGAAGAGGCCACUGGGGAGACGGAAGGAGGCCGUAGACCAGGGCGACAGCAGCCCCCAAGAGCCCAGGGCUGAGCAGGCCAACCCGGAAGCCCUGGCCAGGACAGAGCUUUUGGUGCCCCUGCCCGGGCCCCGGGAGCCCAGCCCCCACCCUGGCGUCAGCCUCAGCAGUGGGAGCCCCCGGAGCCUCGAGGAACGCCGGGUGACGCGCACCGUGCAGACCACCGUGGUGGUGGGAGGGCACGUGGAGCGGCGGGUGAACAGCUCCGUGACCGUGGGCCCAGGGCCAUGGGGCGAGGCCCAGCCCAGGGGCCGCAAUGUUGUUCGCGCAGUACGGGCAGUGAUCGUGAGCCCCGAGGCCGAGGGCUCCCCUACCCGCAGUCAAGCCCGGGAGCUGCUAAGUAGCCUCGUACCCACUGAGCGGAGCCCCGCUGCCAGCCGGCUUCCCAGGCCCAUGGCUGUUGUGCCAAGGAAUCCGGGUCUGGGUGGCUCAGGGGGCGCGGCCUCGGGGCAGCUGCCUGAGCCGGGGAUGGCAGAGCCAAAGGACAGAUCUGCUCUGGGUGCUGCAGGCAGCUCGGAGGAUGGUCACCCGCCUCUGAACCAGGACGUACCUGCAGCUCACCCAGAGCAAGACCAGAGCCGAGCCCCUGAGGUCCUAACGCGGCAAGGAGCCUCCAGUCCCACCCAGCCCUCUCCCCAGAUUUCUCGGAGCCAUGUGUCAUUACCCUCCUCUCUCCGACGCCAGACUCCUACUCCCUCCCUGGACCCAGAGCACCCCCCAGAGCAGCCAGCGGUGCCCACAUACCCCAGGACCCAGCUUACUCUCAAGCCCAGGGUACCCCAGGCGCUGCCCUCCAUAAAAAGGGAGGGGCUCACAGAUCCCUCUGUUGUCACCGUCCUGCCCAUGGCAAAGAGCGAGGUGCUUGUUACCGGCCCUGGACAGUCUCUUGCUCCAUCCUCUACAAGACGGAAGGCUGUUCCUAGCUCAGGAGCGCUUUCGGCUCCAUCCUCCCCGGGGAAUAAGCUUGUUCGGGACUCUGAACAUGUCCCUGUCUUCUCCCUUACCCAGGCAGAGGUGGUGGCAGGCCCUGCUGCUCCUGCUGCCUCAUCCCCCAAGCCAAGCAAGGUGGUCCAGGCCCCAGCAGGCAGCCCUAGCACCCCAAAAGAGGCUGUCCAUGAUACUAAAGGUGACCUUGCUUCUUGUCCCAGCCAGGAUGAGGCUGUUGGAGGCCUAACCACUUUCACUAUUCCAUCUCCCCAAGAGGAGGAGAUUGUUGAGGGCUCCAAAGUGAGCCCCAUCGCAUCUCCCACCCAAAAGGAGCUUGUCCAGGGUCCUGGUGCUUCUGCUGCCCCAUUUUCCACCCAGACAGUGAUUGCCCAGGACACUGCUGUUCCCCCUGCCCCCUCCUCAGAGGGUAAGGUGUCCCCCAGCCCAGGAGGGCCCCCUGCCUCAGUGCUGAUGAGAGCAGAGGCCAGCCUGGAGUCCCAACUUGUCCCCAACUCCACUGAGGGCGAAAUGCUCCCAGAGACAUCCAGGGAGGAGGAGGAGGUGGCCCUGGCUGCUGACCUGGAGAUAUUCCUGGAUACUCUGCGGAGCAUGGAGCCGCCUGAGAUCCUCCGCACUCACCGGCUGCCACGAGCCCCCCGGUCCUCCUACCUGGCCAUGUAUGCUACGCUGCCUGCCAUCGAGGAGGACCAGCCCGGACCAUGGGUGCUGGGACCCAGCCCCCAGGAGGUGCCCACACUAGAAGGGAAAGAGGAAGAGGAAGAGGAGGAGGAAGAACCAGAGAACCCCUACCUAAGUGACGAUGAGAAGCUCCAGCGCAGGCAGGAGAAGGCCGGGCCUAGCCCCUCCUGGGACUCUCGCCCUGCGAGGCCCCCCCAGGUCUCUUGUUCUCCUCUCGAGAUGAUGAAGAAACAUGUAGCAGAUGCCAAGGGCCCCCGCCCAGAGCUGGGGCCAGAGUGGCAAGCAGGCAGUAGGCCCACUUCUCGUCUUGGAGGCAGCCUUCUCUUCAGUGGUCUGGUGUCUGCCACCCAGGAGGCCCCCAUCUCGGAACCACUGGGCACAAAACUAUCUGCUCUGCCACCCCAUGUGACACCUGGCACCAGGAAGGUGCCAGGACAGCUGCCCCUGCUCUGCAGCGAAAGGCCACCACCAGAGAAGCCUGCUUGUGCCCAGCCCCUGGCGGGGUGGAGCCCAGCAUUGAAGAUCCAGGGCAAGCUGAACACCAGGCCUGGAAAGAUGAUCCUCUUCUCAGAGCCUGGCUGCCAAGGCAGCAGCAGGGAUGUCUGGGAAGACACUGCUGACACCUCCAGCUGGCCCUGGGUGGCCUCCGUGAGGGUGGUUCGAGGCUGCUGGGUGCUAUACGAAGAGCCAGAGUUCCGGGGCAGGAAGCUGGUUGUGCCUGAAGGAGAUGUGGAUUUAGGAGCCCCAGGGCCAGCGUGGAGCACCCAGGGCAUUGGCUCUGUGAGGCGGGUUGUCCGGGACUACAGUACCCCAGAGAUCAUCGUGUACUCUGAGAAGGGCCUCAAGGGGGAGCAAGUGGAGCUAACGGAUGCCUUGGAGGACACCCAGGGCCUGGAGAAGCCCCUGCAGGCCGCAUCUGCCACUGUCUCUGCAGGACUGUGGCUGCUGUACCCCAAACCCUCCUUUGAAGACUCUCCCUGCAUUCUGGAGCCUGGAGAGUACCCGACCUUGGAGGCCUGGGGUACAUCUGACCUCAGAGUGGGCUCCUUGAAGCCCAUGAGAUUGGGCUGCCCAAGCGUGGAGAAGCCGAGGGAGCCCAAGAUUGUGGUUUAUGAGAACACAGGCUUUCAGGGCCAGAGCUGGGAAGUAAGCAGAGACAUCUACAACCUCCAGGAGCCAGAGGACAGCCAGAGCCCCCACCUGGCCUCUGUGGGGUCCCUGCGAGUUCUUGGGGGCUGCUGGGUGGGCUACCAGAAGGCAGGCUUCCGGGGCCACCAGUAUCUGCUGGAGGAGGGAGAAUAUGCUGAUUGGUCACAGUGGGGAGGCUAUGACGAGGUGCUGACCUCCCUGCGGGUCAUCCGGACGGACUUCGGGGACCCGGCCCUCGUGCUGUUUGAGGCCAUGGACUUCGAGGGGCACGCCGCGGAGGUGAGAGAGGCAUUGCCGGACGUGGAGCUGGCGCGACACGGCCCCCACACGCAGGCCAUCCACGUGCUCAGCGGCGUGUGGGUGGCCUAUCAGAAGGUGGGCUUCUCCGGGGAGCAGUACGUGCUGGAGAAGGGCGUGUACCGCACCUGCGAUGACUGGGGCGCGGGCAACAGCGCCCUCGCCUCGCUGCAGCCGGUCCUGCAGGUCGGCGAGCACAAUCUGCACUUUGUCUCAAAGAUUCAGCUUUUCUCUGGCGCCGACUUCCUGGGCGACCACAUCUCCUUCGAGGAUGACCAGACCUCCUUGCCCGUCUCCUUCCAGCCCCAGUCCUGCCGUGUCCACGGGGGCAGCUGGAUCCUGUUUGGUGAGAAGAACUUUGAGGGUGACCAGUACAUUCUCUCUGAGGGCGAGUUCCCCACUCUUACAGCCAUGGGCUGCCUAUCUUCCACAGUCCUGGGCUCUCUCCAGAAGGUACCCCUGCACUUUUCAGAGCCUUCCAUUUUUCUGUAUGGACUGGAGUGCUUUGAGGGUAAGGAGAUCGAGCUGGACAGAGAGGUGCGCAGCCUGCAAGCUGAGGGCUUCAACAACCACGUGCUGUCCCUGCGGAUCAAGGGGGGCGUCUGGGUGCUGUGUGAGCACAGUGACUUCCGGGGCCGCCAGUGGCUGGUGGGCAGCUGUGAGAUCACCAACUGGCUGACGUACAGUGGGAUACAGAGGGUGGGAUCCCUCUACCCCAUCAAGCAGCGCCGGGUUUAUUUCCGCCUCUGGAAUGCUGCACUGAGGGGCUUCCUGGCGGUGCCAGACCACGUGGAGGACAUGAAGGCGGGCCGUGUGGUGGUGUCCGAGCCCCAAGCCGGAGGCAGCUGCAUCUGGUACUACGAGGAUGGGCUGCUAAAGAACCAGGCAGCCCCUACCAUGAGCCUGCAGGUGAUUGGGCCCCCCAGCCCAGGCUCCAAGGCUGUGCUGUGGGCCGAGAGCCGCCUGCCCCGUCAGACGUGGAGCAUCAGUGAAUCGGGCCAUAUCUGCAGCCAGAUGUUCGAAGGCCGGAUCCUAGAUGUGAAGGGUGGCCGGGGCUAUGACCGGGAUCACGUGGUGCUGUGGGAGCCGGCCAAGGACCGGGCGUCCCAGGUCUGGACUGUCCAUGUGCUCUGACCGCCCCUGCUCCCCAGCCCUGGAGGCUUACCCUGGGAUGAAAUGUUUUUAUAGGUUUUUCUUGUAACAUAAGAUGUUUUCUAAUAUGCUCCCAGGCAUCCUCA